GAAUUUAUUAACUUUUGAAUAUAUUUUAAAUCGUCUAUUUUUACAUUGAUACACGAUUCAAGUCGGACACAAAUAAAAAUGGUGGUUCAAUAGAUUAAAUUUCUCUGAUCAAACUGUAUAUUGAAAUAAUACACGAACAUAAUAUUAAAGUGUACAGGAAAUACUGAACUUUUUUAUAUAUUUUGCCAUUAUUAGUUUAUAACUGGUGCGAUUACGUGGUGCGUCGGGAAGAGUUGUGUUUGUCAAAUAACAGGUUGUCGGAGACACCGAUUUCGCUAGUUUUGUAUCCAAAGUGUUGUUUUUUAACUGCAAUAAGUUCGUAAUGUAUAGCUAUUUUCAAACUAAUAACUAAGUGAAUAUUUUCAACAAUGAUUAGUUAAGCUAUCGAGAAAGAAAGUUAACCAAACACCUUGAAGCUGGGCAACUGUUCUAUUCAAUCAGCAUGUGACCCAAAUCUGAGAUUUCUCUUCUUUGUGUUUUAUUACUGGGUUCAUGUUUACACGCUGAAACUCUAGCCCUAUAAACAAGUUACGUAGUGAGCGGUUGUUGCGGCGGCGAUCAUCUAUGAGGACAUGAUAUUUCAUGAACUUGUCACGGUUGACUACCUGUGCAACUCCGUGGGGGUCAGGUGCAUUACGCUAAAUAGUCCCAUAUUUUAGAAAACUUCGACUGAUAAUACAUAAUACCAGAAAAUUUACGUAGCAUCAUUAUUUUUAACGCCGAAUUGGACGGUUGAUGCAGAUAAGUGUUUACUUGUUAUGUAUGUAAACACUCAGGAAACUAUGAAACGAGUGAAAAACAUUGUGACAAAAUGAAGAUCAGCUGUAUUAAUAUUGAAAUGAGCCAUAAAGAGUAAGACAAUGUUGCAAAAUGGCUCAUUCUGAAAAUCACAGGUAUAUUGUGCAGGUGUAUGUGGGUGCACUGUCGCCGCAGUACGAGGCACUCUCUGUAGAGGCCUCUAAACAAACAAGCAGUGAAGAAAUAGUCUGUUGCAUCACUGACAAGCUCGGCCUCACCAAUGGAUCCGGAGGGCCAUAUGAACUGGCCGAGGUCGUGGGUGACAUGCUUAGCGGCGAGUGCAAGGAACGAAGACUCGGCCCCAAUGAGUCUCCAGUCGCUGUCAUGCUGCUGUGGCCCAACAACACCGGCUCUGGACAGUACAACAGAUUUUAUCUGCGAGAGAAAAUACCCGAUGAGCCAUGGAUGGAGAACUUCUCGGUCGACCCGCAGCUGAUAAAGGACUACUUCCAGCGAUUUCUUUAUCAACCGAAGGAUCGCGAGUACCCCGACUUGUGUCAGUUGCCGGAGCUCAAUGAACAGACGUUGCUCGAUAACUUGCGGGCGAGGUUCUCGGCGGGCUACAUAUACACAUACGUUGGGUCCAUACUGAUAGCACUAAACCCGUUCAAAUUUUAUCCAAUUUAUAAUCCGAAAUACGUGAAGCUAUACCAGAACAAACGGAUAGGAUCCAGUCUUCCGCCGCAUAUAUUCGCAGUCGCCGAUGCCGCGUAUCAUUGCAUGCUCCGAGAGAGGACUAACCAAUGUAUAGUAAUCAGUGGAGAGAGUGGAUCAGGAAAGACUGAGAGUACAAAUUUUCUACUACAUCACUUAACAGCGCUGAGUCAAAAGGGAUCGCAUGGCAGUGGCGUGGAACAAACUAUAUUGAGUGCAGGCCCAGUGUUAGAAGCUUUCGGAAAUGCUAAAACAGCCCACAACAAUAACUCAAGUCGUUUUGGAAAGUUUAUUCAAGUUAAUUAUAAAGAAAAUGGCAUGGUGCAUGGGGCUGUUGUACAAAAGUAUCUUUUGGAAAAAUCAAGAAUAUGUAGCCAAGGUCGCAACGAGCGGAACUAUCAUGUGUUCUAUUAUCUGUUGGCUGGUGCAUCGGAGCAGGAGAAGGAACAGUUGCAUUUACUCAGUGUGGACAAAUAUAAUUAUUUAUCAAGAACAGGUUGUAGUGAGGUGCCGGGGAUCGACGAACAAUAUGAGUUCUCGCGGUUAAAACAAUCCAUGGAGAUGGUCGGUUUUACUAUGGAUAAGCAGCGUCGUUUGUUUGCUGUGCUAUCGGCUGUGCUACUUUUGGGCAAUGUAGAGUUUCAACCGCAGCGGAAAUCUUACCAUCACGACGAGGCUGUCGGCGUCAGGAAUCCCGAAGUAGUAUCGCUUAUAUCUUCACUACUGAGGGUCAAGCAGGAAACAUUGUUAGCCGCCCUGACGUCGAAACGGGCCAGAGCUUCGGGGGAAACACUAGUUAUUAAUUACAGGCUGCCUGAAGCGAUAGCGACGCGCGACGCUAUGGCCAAGUGCUUGUACGGUGCUUUAUUCGACUGGAUCGUGAUGCAGGUCAACCACGCGUUGCUCUCUAAAAAGGAUACGCUUAGGGAACAUCAGGGACAUAGUAUAGGCGUUCUCGAUAUAUUCGGCUUCGAGGACUUCGGUCUGAGCAACAGCUUCGAGCAGCUGUGCAUCAACUACGCGAACGAGCACCUGCAGCACUACUUCAACCAGCACGUGUUCAAGUACGAGCAGGAGGAGUACAAGCGGGAGGGCAUUCCCUGGACCGAUAUCGGCUUCUCGGACAAUACUGGUUGUCUGCAGCUCAUCGAAGGGAAGGUCAAUGGACUGCUGUGCUUGUUAGAUGAUCAGUGCAAUUUCCCAUGGGCAACAAACGAAACUCUGUUACAAAAGUUUAACUCAGUGCAUGAAAAUAAUCCGUUCUACGAGAAACCACAGCGAAGAGAGCCUGCCUUUGUUGUGAGACAUUAUGCUGGAAGAGUUAAAUAUCAGGUAACAGCAAUGCGAGAAAAGAAUCUCGACCUUAUGCGGCAAGACAUAGUGAGUGUGCUGAAGAACUCGUCGCUAGCGUUCGUAAGGGAGCUAGUCGGUGUGGACCCCGUAGCUGUGUUCCGCUGGGCGAUAGUGCGGGCCUUCUUUAGAGGUUACUUUGCCUUCCUAGAGGCAGGCAGGAAACAUCGUGUUCACAGAGUGGACGGCGCCUCGCGAGUCCCGCGCGCCUCCAUACACGCGCCCAACGACAGUCUCAUCAGCCAACUGGUGACAGUAUCGUCAAUCAAUCUUGCAAUCAACCGCAUUGCAACGCCAAACAGAGCGACGAGUAAAGCUCGCGAGACGACCACGACGCGAGCGAACGCCGAUCCUAAACCGAGGAAUGAGACGCAAAGCGCUGCGCGCGUGGGUGGGAAAGGGACAAAAAAUUACAGAAUCGCCGAGACGCGCACGCGAAGGGUCGAGCGAGAGCGAGACGAGCGCACGUUCGACGACACCGACGUCAUGCAGCGGGCCAGCCUCAUCGUCAUGAAAAACAAGUCGUUUAGGCCCCGAGAACGUGCAAAAAAAGGUCUUAAGAAUCUACAGAGUGUUAAAACAUUGGCCGGUCGGACAGCUGCGCCGGCGGGCAAGCGGAAACAACCGCAGACUGUCGCCGCUCAGUUCCAACAUUCGUUGUCUGCUCUCAUGGAUACCUUGAAUCAAGCCAACCCAUUCUUUAUAAGAUGUAUAAAAUCGAAUGGCGAGAAGGUCCCUCACGUGUUCGACGACGAGACGGUCCAGCGCCAGCUGCGCUACACGGGCAUGCUGGAGACAGUCCGCAUCCGCCAGGCAGGGUACAACGUGCGCCUCACCUACGAGGAGUUCAUCCAGCUCUACAGGAUACUGCUGCCCAAGGGACUGCUCAGCUCGCAGACUGAUGUCAGGCACUUCCUGGCCACGCUCAAUCUCGACAGGGAUAAUUAUCAAUUAGGUGCUACAAAAAUCUUCAUGCGCGAGAGUGAACAGACGAAGUUGGAAUACCGACUGCACCAGCAGAUCAUGGCUUCGAUCAUCACGAUACAGAGAUGGUUCCGAGCUGUGCUCGAGAGGAGAAGAUUCUUGGCUUUACGGCGAGCGUCUGUUGUUAUACAGUACUUUUGCAGACAGUGGAUGUCGGCGCGGCAGCUGGCCGCGGUGCGGCUGCAGGCGUGGUACCGCGGGCGGCGCGCGCGGCGCGGGUACCUGCGCCUGCGCCGCGCCGUCACGCUGCUGCAGGCCGCCGCCCGGGGGCUGCUGCUGCGCCGGGCCCUCGCGCGCUCGCUGCCCGCCCUCAGCGAGCAUGACGGUCGAGCCGCGCUACCCGCCGACAACAAUUUGUCCCCUCUCCUGACGAUUUCCGCGAAGAAAGACCCGCUGUAUAUCUUGCGAAUGGAUCAAGAGAACUCGAGACAACUGAGAGCGACGCAGUCAUUGCCGAUACCAAGGGUCGAGAAAAAACGCGAAAUAGUCACAGAGAAUAUUGUAAAUACGAAUGUACAGAAAGUCAAGAAGAGAGUUAUGAAAGCGGAUGUGUCGAAGGAAAUUGGCACGAGCGUAAUACACAAAGAAGCCGGCGAGUCUUCACCAGAGGAUGAGCGGAACUGGAGUGUGAACUCUAUAAAGUACCCGCAGUCGGUGGUCACGAUACCCAACAAGAUCACACCCGAAGACCUCGCCAACGAGAUGCUGUGGCUGCGGCUCGACCAGAACUAUCUCAUGACGGAGAAGGAAGCUAUGACUAAGAAAAGAGAAAAGCGCGAGAAAGAAUUGGCGGAGUUACUGGAAUCCAUGACGAGUAGCAGUGAGGAGUACCUCAGACAAAUCGGUAAUUGGAGCCCUUCGGAAAACACGGAGACCUGUAAAACGAAUAUCAGACGCGGUUCAGCGGCAGUAUACCAGCGCAGCGUGUCGAGUGCUACGCUGGAAUCACGAGCGCUACACUCACUGCCGCCAGUGCGACGGGACCCGAGGGCGUCCGUAGUACCCGCCACCGAUGCAGCAGGUGUGGUUGACGUGGUGAGCGCGGAGAGUAGCGCGCCCGCCCCGCCAGCCCGGGCCGCGCGUCGCUCCCCGCGCCGCUCGCCGCGCGGCCCGCCGCCGGACCUCAUCGUGGACGCCUCGCUCUCGCUGCACUGCACCGACCAUGAUAUUAAAAGGGUGGCGUCCCAGCAGAUAGACGGGCUGGUCCCGGCGGCGGGCGCGGAGCCCCCCGCGGCGGCGGCGGGCGCGGCGCUGGCGGGCGCGCUGCGGCGCCGCAACUCCGACCCCGCGCCCGGCGACACGCGCCCGCUCGACCCGCGCUCCACGGACUUCAUCGGACAGACCGGGAACGGACUGUUCCGCAUCGCUGGCCACCGGUUUCGAAAAGGCAGUCGUUUCGCCAAAGGUGACAAAUGUGUGUACUGCCAUCAAGCGAUCGACGCGUUCAUCACUCAAGGCCAGCGGUGUAUCGACUGCAAACAACUUUACCACACGAAAUGCAUCCAGAACAAGGGCGUGAUCACCAUGCCCUGCUCCUCACCCGUCACUGUCGCCAGCAGAGGCCGCCACAAGAACAGAAAGAGAAUCAUCUCAAACUCCAACUAUAACCUAUUAGAUAACUCCAAAAGUUCAGUCAGUUCAAACUUCAAUCUAACAGGGACGUCAGAAUUUAUGGACAGAACGGAUAAGAUCAUAUCAGACGCCACCGAGUUGCAAGCCAUGCAGAACUUCAUCACAGAGAAAAUAUACGAAAUGGAACCUAAUGAGAAGAAGAAACAGUCUGAGGUUGACAGGGUAUUCAAACACGCAUUAUUAGAAUUCAAAGACAACUUAGUCGCGACAUACAGUAUCGUAGAGACGCGGGGGUCCGCACUCAAGUAUAAGGAUCUGAUCGGGAACUUCCUGCACGUCAUGGAAACAGUCUGUGCGAGGGAGGGGUCUACGUUGUCGAUAACCAUGGGGGUAAACGCCUUCAGGGGGUUCAUGGACGAGUUCAUGAGUCAGCAUGAGACCGACAAGGCAAGGACGAAAAGAAAAAAGGAUAAAAAGAGAAAGGUGGACGAUCCCAUACAAUACAAAGGCCACACGUUCAUUCUAUCGAUGAUCAACAUCCCUACGGAGUGCGAGAUCUGCAAGACUUUCUUCAUGUGGCCCAUCGAACGGUCCCUCAUUUGCCAGACGUGUAGACUGGCGUCACAUAAAAAGUGCUAUACCAAGGUGUCGACACUAUGUCGAAAAGAAAACGUGACGCCUUCAGCAGCGAUAGUAGGAGCAGUAGAUGCGGGUGGCCGAGAACAAAUGGGUGUCGUCACGCGAGGAAAGGUGUUUGGAGUUCCUUUAGGGGAUUUGCCAACUGGCGAUACUAACAUUCCAAUAGUCGUGGAUAGGCUGAUCACCACUAUAGAAAUGACAGGUCUCUAUACAGAAGGCUUGUACAGAAAAAGCGGGCUAAGUUCGAAGGUCCGCGAGCUGCGCCGCCUGCUGGACGAGUCCCCGCUGGAGGGCGUGGAGCGGCUGGAGCUGUACGCGGUCCACGUGCGCGCGUCCGUGCUCAAGACGUUCUUCCGCGAGCUGCCCGAGCCGCUGCUCACCUUCGACCUGUACGACGACUUCAUACGGGCCGCGCAGAUCACCGACCCGCAGGAAAGAGUUUCAACAAUAUUUACAAUCCUGAGGAAACUGCCAAAACCAAAUUUCGAUCUCGUUGAGAGGUUAAUAUUCCACUUGGCGAGGGUGGCGCUCGGAGAAAAUCACAACAGGAUGGGCCCGAACGCGCUGGCGAUAGUGUUCGCGCCGUGCAUCCUGCGCACGCACAAGGUGCAGCCCGCGCAGGCCUCGCUGCACGACAUCGCGCGCCAGACCGCCUGUCUCGAGGCCAUACUCGUCGACAAGAUGCGCACCGUGCGCGGCAUGCUGCAGGACAUCGCGACGCUGGACACGGCGUGCCACACGGCCACCAGCCGCCUGUCCACGCUGCGCUCGCACAGCCACGCGCCGCGGCCAGAGGAGCAGAUCCUGGUGGGACACAUCCACGAGAUACAGAAGGAGAAGGCCAUCCUCACCUCCAACCUGCCCACGCUCAUCAGAGCGACGUCGGACGACGACCUGUUGUCGACGACAGACCACGACGGCGAGCUCGGCAGCACGGACGACCUCAGUACGGGCGCCAGCUCCCUGCGCUCGCAGCGGCUGCUGCACCGACAGCUGUCCUCCGACGACCCCAUCAUGGUGUAGCUCAACACCACACCACUGCUGGCUUACAAACACCGAAAAGGGGCUCUACACCAACACCUGUGAAACCCCCACGUUUUACCAUCAUAUAAAACGUCUAAUGCGUCACUGGAUAAGUUUCGCAUUCUCGGACAUUUUACAUUCCUGAUGUCGUAAAGUGAAAUGUAGUUAGAAAUGUUCCUCUGUGUGUUCCUUCUAUCGAUUGGUCUUUAACAACAAUUUUGAAUGUCAGUCAACUCUAGUUUCAAGAAAAGGACAGCAAAGUAUUUGUUUAGUUUUUGCAAGUCCUUAUAGAUGUCGAUGUGAAUAUUGUUCGUGUUACUGUGUACUGCAUGCUAGCGGUAGAGAAGCGCGCAGGCUGCGGUGACUAGGACUAAUGCUCUCGUUGCCGAUGUACAGUAAAUGUACUUAGAGUAGAGUUUCCGUAAGAAUUUAGUGUUGCCGCCACGAUAGCCAGGCGAAUGCCCUAACAAGUGAUCUAUGUAUAUGAAAAGUAUUUUUCGUACAUAAAAAUUUACAUCUGUCUUUGCAUAUUUUAUGAUAUCUUUUCCUGUAAAUAUGUAAAUCUCGUCCUAUUGGUGAUUUAAAAAAUUAUAGCAAUAUUUUUCUUCUGUCAAUAGUGGCUAUUUCGUUGGACAUGUAUAUGACAUGCGACUGUAUUUUAACGUUUCGGAUUAGUUGUAGGUUAAACAUGCAGGCUCUAACUUUUAUAAAAUGAUUCAUUCCAUUAUGUUUUAUUUUUGGACUUAAGUACGUUUGUCACGUAUCGUUGCGGGCAUAUGUUUAGUAUUUUUCUGAACCAUGAUUGUAACACCUUCGUUGAGAAGUUAUGUAAAUCUCUUGAAUUUCAACUUCUUUAGUAUGGUUUUUCGUCAAACAGAAACUAUCAAAAUUAGAAACAUUUCCGAAUCUGUAUGUGGCGAACGUGUAUUUUAUUUACAAACUUAUAUUAUUCUAAAUUGAAUUGAAUCUUAUCGCUUUUACAUGCCAAUCCAAAGACAUCGCUUAAUUGAGAUUCGUUCGCAAAUCAAUUGAGUGUUUUGUGAUCCUAGAUAAUUAGCUUGUUCGAUUCCAAACUAACAAGGUAUCAAAUAUAGAACCCAAAAUUAAGUAUAGGUUCUUAUUUAAAAAAAGACGAUUCUUAUAUUUCUUUUGUUUAAAUAUGUAUGUAAUUAUAUGAAAUGAAUGUUUUGUGAUCCAUUCUAAACUUAGAAAUCUGAUGUUAAGUUUCUAAAUUUAAUUUUAACAUAAUAUGUUCACAUUGAAUAUUAUUGCCUGUGUACUUAUUGUUAUUUUAUGUAAGAGACAUGCAAUGUCUAUUUUAUUACGUACGUGUCAAUAUUUGAACUUGUGCGGUGCUUUUUAACAACCCGCAUAAGUUCCUACAACACUGCUAUGGUUAAAUUUGAUCCAAAAAGUAACACCACGUACCUUGCCUCUAUCUUUAUUUGCUUUCAUAUUCUAAAAGACUGUCUUAAAAUAAGCUAUUGAAUUUAUUGUUAAGUCACAAAUAUUUUACCCGCUUUUUAAUAAUUAGUUCGUAACAAUUUACUAUACAAACAACGAAUUACUCUGUGACAACUUGUAUUGUUUGUAAGCCUCUUAUUUACUAACGUCUUUGGACAUAUUUUAUAGCUCAAUAUUUAUGAUGGACUGUAUUAACAUAAAAUACCUAUUCUGAUAAGCUUACACUUUUAUUUGUAACAUUUUUAUAACAACAAAAUUUAUUUGAAUCUCACAAAGUUAAUUUGGAGUGGUGCGAGUACCUUUUGAGAAAUUUACACUUGUAACUAAGGGAAACUAUUAGAUUAUCUUGCAUUUGUUGAUGAUAUAGAACACCCAGAAGUGCAUGUCUCAUCGAGGUGCCGAACAAAUUAUAUUUCUAUGUAUGGAAACUGUGUUGAUUCUCUUUUAUUGAGGUUGUGUCGCAGUUACUAGUGUAUUUCCGUGCCUUCGACUAGUUUACUUUAGGAAGUCCUCAACUAGCCUGAACCUGUCUGAAAGUCUAACUCUUAUUGUUGUUGGUUUAAAUUAGUAUUUGUGUAUAGAAGCGUAGCGUCAAAUUUAUAUUAGCCACGUACAUUUACGUUUUGAGGAAAUAUGAAUAUAGAUGUGGUGUUAGUUCUCGAUAUUGUAUUGUCUGUCAGCGUUCUGAGCUCCCCAUCAGCAAACAUACUCAUAAUCAUAAUUUAAAGUAAGUUAUUUUACAAGAAAUAAAUGGUAAUGAAUGUGCAAUGUGGCUACGACUAGGAUUUUAUUGACACUUUAGAAGUGUAUGUAGAUAUUCGCCAGUCCCGCGUAAGGAUUAUGUAAAUAAUUUAUUAGUUACUAUAAACAACUAGCAAGGUACUAUUUUAAUAUUAAGAACUGCUAUAGUCUUUGCCACUGUUUGUUUGUGAAAGUGCCUAUCAAUUGAUGUUUUAUUUCUAUUUUAAAUUUUCUAUUGGUGCAUUAGAUCAUUGGAUUGUUAAAAUUUUAUGGUAGGUUGUCGUUUCACGUUGAUUAUAAAUUAUCAUUAAAUAAAUGUUAUCUAAACAACAUUAUACCUUAUGUUUCUGUUGUUAACUGUCUGUAACAGUCCCAAUUUUAUUGUACCAUGUAAAUGGAACUGAUGUUAUAAAUCAUAAGAUAUUAGGUUGGAUAUUUUACCGAGAAUCAGACAACUGGCAUAUGUUUAUUCAAUCUUUAACUAUUUGCUAAUAAGGACCAAUACUAAACUGUUUACACAUGGUCGUUUUAUAUACCUGUAUGUCAUUUGACUGUUAACUUUGUCCUACAUGUUAAUCAAUAAUGAAUCUUGUAUCAUAUAAACAUGUAUAUUGUUCAACUAUUUUUAGGGAUCCUAUAAUGUGUCAAUAUAAAUGAAAUGUAACCAAAACAUUAUACUGUAUACAAAAUAUGAAAAUAAAAAAAAAGAAUAAUGAA